AUGUCUGGGAGGAAGAAGGGAGACUACAGGGCAGUGUUCAGUGAGCUCAUAGACGCCCUGCCAGGUGUCAUCAACCUGCAGGAGUGUGUGCUGGACUUUGAAUCAGCUCUGUGGCAGGUCCUCCCGCAACUGUUUCCCCACGUCCGUCUGCGCGGAUGCAGCUUCCACUGGGCACAAGCAGUUUGGAGACACGCCCAGCAGCUGGGACUGCAGGUGCCAUACAAAGAAGACGAACGGGUACACAGGUGGCUGCGGAGACUGUUGGCACUCCCCUACCUUCCAGUAGCAGCCAUCCCCCAAGCGCUCACAGAGCUGCAGUCAAAAGUAAGGGAAUCCAGAGUGCUGACAGAGCUGGCAGGGUACGUGGAGAGGACCUGGCUACACAGUUCAGCUUGGCCUCCUCGUUGUUGGUCUGUGUACGGUCGAUCGAUUCGGACAAACAACGACGUGGAGGGAUGGCACAACAGACUGAACCAGAAAGCCAGGAAGCCAUCCCUUCCACUGUACCUGCUGAUCGACCUGCUCCAUCGGGAAAGCUGCCUUGUGAAGAUCCACGUGAGGCUGGUCACGGAGGGGAAGCUCAGGCGACAUCAGCGAGCAAAGUACAGAAGCCUACAGGGCCGCCUAUUUGACGAAUGGGACAACUUCUCCGGCGGGAGGAAGACGGCCAAGGAGUUGCUGGAGGCUUGUGCCAAGGUCUUUGGACCGCCAGUAUAGUUUUUAUCUGACUCAGAAAUGUUGUAAGCGGGGCGAGUUGUUGUUUUAGAACCCCGGGAGGGUGUGCUGACGGUCCAAAGACUCCAGCAACUCUUUGGCCGUCUUCCUCCCUACUGUUAGAGAGACUGACUACAGCUGCAGGACUGAAGAACACACACAGGCAAAACAUUAGUAACAGGCCAGGCGGAUGUCUCCUGUUCCAUGCUGGAACCACAUUUGAAGUUCAAACAUGUUAUAAGCAAUGUUAUAAUGUUAUAAGCAAUGUUAUAAUGUUAACGCCAGCGACUUUUAUGCGGUUUCUGGAGGCUUUUUUUGGCGAAAGCUUCGUCUUCUUGUUAUGGGCACCAUCUUAGUUAACCUGAGAAAUUCAAACGUUAUCCCGACAUAAUCGUUUUUCAUGAUUCUAGCAAUCAUACACUUGUACAUGUAGAUCCGUACAUGUGUAUCAAGCUCAUCAAGCGCAUUCUAUAAUGUUCAUAUAAUUCUAUAUUCUAUAAUGUUCAUAUUUACUGUAAAGAUACAUAUCGUACGGAUACUGUUAGAGAGACUGACUACAGGACUGAAGAACACACACAGGCAAAACAUUAGUAACAGGCCAGGCGGAUGUCUCCUGUUCCAUGCUGGAACCACAUUUGAAGUUCAAACAUGUUAUAAGCAAUGUUAUAAUGUUAUAAGCAAUGUUAUAAUGUUAACGCCAGCGACUUUUAUGCGGUUUCUGGAGGCUUUUUUUGGCGAAAGCUUCGUCUUCUUGUUAUGGGCACCAUCUUAGUUAACCUGAGAAAUUCAAACGUUAUCCCGACAUAAUCGUUUUUCAUGAUUCUAGCAAUCAUACACUUGUACAUGUAGAUCCGUACAUGUGUAUCAAGCUCAUCAAGCGCAUUCUAUAAUGUUCAUAUAAUUCUAUAUUCUAUAAUGUUCAUAUUUACUGUAAAGAUACAUAUCGUACGGAUACUGUUAGAGAGACUGACUACAGGACUGAAGAACACACACAGGCAAAACAUUAGUAACAGGCCAGGCGGAUGUCUCCUGUUCCAUGCUGGAACCACAUUUGAAGUUCAAACAUGUUAUAAGCAAUGUUAUAAUGCUAUAAGCAAUGUUAUAAUGUUAACGCCAGCGACGUUUAUGCGGUUUCUGAAGGCUUUUUUGGCGGAAGCUUGUUAUGGGCACCAUCUUAGUUAACCUGAGGAAUUCAAACGUUAUCCCGUUAUUGUAGUCAAGUGCAUCAAGUUCAUUCUAUCAUGUUCAGCAUGUAAUACGUUCGCGCAAAUGUUCGCGCUGGUUUAUAAGUUGCUUGUAGAAAAUAAGAACAGUACCAUGCACAAGUUACGUAAAAGCGCUUUAGAAGUACAUGUACCUGAAUAAAGUUAGUGAAUGAAGCUCCUUAUCGUGUGUACACGUGUGCUGUUUGCCCUGCUUUAUUACAA